AUGGAGAAGAAAAAAGAAGAGGAUCAUCAUCAUCAAGAACAACAACAAAAAGAGACCAACAGUAGCAAGAACACAGAUAAGAAGAUCGAGCACCACCAAAGUGAACAACAACAACAGCAAAUCUCAUCAUCAUCCUCAUCAUCACACAUGGCGAAUCUGGUUACGUCAUCAGAUCAUCAUCACCAUCAGUUGGAGCUAGCUGGGAACAGCAACAUGAAUCUCUCAAGCAUCUUCGACACUCCAUCUUUACCAUUUCCUUAUUCUUAUUUCGAAGACCAAUCCUCUAAUAAUCCCAAUUCUUUCCUCGACUUGCUCCGACAAGAUCAUCAGUUUGCUUCUUCCUCUAAUUCCUCUUCCUUUUCAUUCGAUGCCUUUUCUCUCCCAAACAACAACAAUAACAACAACCUCUUUUUUACGGAUUUGCCCUUGACUCAACCUUCAACAACAAAGGCCGAGUCAUCAGAAGUUGUGAACACAGCACCGACAUCUCCAAACUCAACAUCAGUCUCUUCUUCCUCCAAUGAAGCUGCAAAUGAUAAUACUAACAAGGAGGUUACUGUUAAAGACCAAGACCAAGGACAACAACAGGAGCAAAAGGGUACUAAGCCACAGUUGAAGGCAAAGAAGAAGAACCAGAAGAAAGCAAGAGAGGCUAGGUUUGCAUUUCUCACGAAGAGCGAUAUUGAUAAUCUUGACGACGGUUAUAGGUGGAGAAAAUACGGCCAGAAAGCUGUCAAAAACAGUCCUUAUCCCAGGAGCUAUUACCGUUGCACCACAGUGGGUUGCGGUGUGAAGAAGAGAGUAGAGAGAUCCUCCGAUGAUCCUUCCAUCGUCAUGACAACCUACGAAGGUCAACACUCUCACCCUUUCCCCAUGACGCCACGUGGACACAUCGGAAUGCUUACGUCGCCAAUCCUCGACCACGGUGCAACCACCACGUCAUCGUCAUCAUUCUCUAUCCCUCAGCCACGCUACUUGCUGACUCAGCAUCAUCAACCCUACAACAGCAUGUACAACAACUCUCUAAGUAUGAUCAACAACAGAAGCUCCUCCGAUGGCAGCUUCGUUAAUCCAGGGUCAUCAUCAUUCACUGGGUUUGGUUAUGAUAUGCCACAAGCUUCUACUUCAACUCCUCCUUCAACUAGAGAUCAUGGCCUGCUUCAAGAUAUUCUUCCUUCGCAAAUCAGAUCGGAUACUAUUAACAUCCAAACCAAAGAAGAAGAUAAGAAAUGA